AUGCCCACGUCAUAUGUCAUGAAAGCCAUCACCAAGGUGCUUAUGACUUGGCUGCAGACCACCAUCCACGCGCUUGUUGAUGCCGACCAAACGGGCUUCCUCUCGGGACACCACAUCUCCGAGAACAUCGUCUAUGCAGCUGACCUCCUCCGCUGCUGCCAUUCCAGAAAGGCCCCCACCCUCGUCUUCAAAAUUGACUUUCGUAAGGCCUUCGACUCGGUAAACUGGUCCAGCCUCCUAGCAAUCCUUAAGACCCGGGGAUUCGACGAGCGUUGGUGUCUCUGGAUGGAGCGUAUUCUUGAUACGGGGCACACUGCAAUCCUCUUAAACGGCGUCCCGAGAUGCUGGAUUCGGUGUCGAAAUGGCCUUCGUCAGGGCGACCCCCUAUCCCCACACCUCUUCAUCAUCGUGGCUGAUGUGCUGCAACGCCUGAUUCGCAAUGCUUGGGCCUCUGGAACCAUUGCCCACCCCCUUUCCCCUGACACCCCGUGCCCAGUCCUCCAAUGCGCCGACGACACCCUUAUCCUCUGCAAAGCCUCUACAGAGGUUGCUGCCUGCCUUAAGCAGGUUCUGGACGACUUCGCCUUAGCCACGGGGCUUAUUAUCAACUUCCACAAGUCCUGCUUUAUUCCCAUGGACGUUGGGUCGGGCGACGCCGCGUCCAUGGCGACUUUCCUUGGGUGCCCCAUCUCCUCCUUCCCUCAGCCCUACCUAGGGCUGCCGCUCUCGCCCACCAAACUUCCUGCCUCUGCUUUUGCCCCCUUGUCCUCUCCUUUGAUUGAGGGCGGUUUCAGCAUCAAGGAUCUCCACCGGCAGAACAGGUGCUUGCUCCUCAACUUUGUCCAUAAAUUACACCAAUCUAACCCCCUGCCCUGGAAAACUUGGUUCUACUCUCACACAGGUCGUGACUUGGGGGAUUUCUCCGCCCCCCCUCGUUCCUGGAGAAGAUCGUCGCUGAGUGUCUUCCCCUCUACCGUGCCAUCACCAGGGCGACAGUGGUGGACGGCCGCUCCACGUCCUUCUGGAUGGAUAAGUGGCUCCCCGGGGAGCCGCUUGCGACGCGCUUCCCCGCCCUUUUCUCCCACGGCACCCGCCGCCACGCCUCGGUGGCCACGGUGGUCUCGCGAGGGCUGGGCCUGCGGACUCGCCUUCAUCGCCGCGGCGGAGUCCGAGCUCCUUGUGAUUCGCCGCUUCAUCGACGGCACCUCGCUUCGAGGAGGACCUGAUCGCCGCGCCAUCGACUCUCCCUCGACCCCCAGGUUCUCCUCGCGCGAGGCCUACCGCGCCCUCUCGCCGGUUCACCCCGUCGACACUACCGCACGCUUGACCUGGCCCCUCCGGAUCCCUACCAAGGUCAAGAUCUUCGCGUACCUCGUCGACAUCGACCGCCUGAGCACUCGGGUGAACCUCUUCUACAAGAGUUGCGCCCCCUCCGACAUAUGUGCCGCCUGCACCUCCCCUGAGACUGGGAGGCACCUGUUCUUCGACUGUCCCGUUUCUACGGCGAUCUGGGGCCAGCUGGAUGUCCCAAUCCCAGCGGGCAGUUUCUCCAUCUGGGACCUUCCGGCACCUCCACCGUCACCCUCCGGCGCUUGGCAUUUUGGGGUGGCGGCGAUCCUCUGGUCCAUUUGGAAGUCCCGCAACGACCUCGUCUUCAACAGGGUGACCCACUCCACCACCUCGACUCUCCGGAAGGUGUGCGACGACCUGACCCUUUGGAGAUGGCGGCUUCGCCCCGCUGAUCGCACGUCACUCGAUGGCCUACGGGCCUUCCUUCUUGCUCGAGCGGUUGCUUGA